AUGAACUUGUAUGAACUUUGUUUUGGGCACAGACAUAUCUUCCUGUUUGACGGGGCUGUGAUCGUCUGUAAGAGACGAGGAGACAACUAUGAGAUGAAGGAUGUGAUCGAUCUCAACUACUUUAAGAUCACCAACAACCCCACCCAGGAUAGAGAGAGCAAGAAGUGGUUCUAUGGUUUCUACCUGACCCAUCAGCAGGGGCAGAGCGGCUUUGAGUUCUUCUUCAAGACCAAGGAGCUGAAGAAGAAGUGGCUGGACCAGUUUGACAUGGCAAUAUCCAACAUCAGACCAGAGAACUCCAAUAACAACUUCCACCAGUUCAGGAUGCAUACCUUCAUCAGAAUCACUACCUGUAGCUCCUGUAACCUGCUCCUCAGGGGUAUCUUCAACCAGGGCUAUCUCUGUCUUAAGUGUGGACUCGGAGCUCAUAAGGAAUGUCUGGGUAGAGUGGGUGUCUGUGGAAGAACUGAUUCUGCCAAGCUGAGGCCUGAGAGGGCUCCAACGGUGCGGAAACAACCAGACCCAGGUCUCCCUAGGAUGCUGGUGAUCAGAGACUACUGUGGCAUCCCCUCUCCCCAGAGUGCCCCCCCGUUGACCAUCCAUGCUGGGGACAUCAUCGAGCUCAUCUGUGCCGACCUACACAGCUCCUGGUGGCAGGGCAAGAUCUUGGCGACGAGAGAGUCUGGUUCCUUUCCCAGCGAUGCCGUUAGGCCAUGCCCAUGUGUACCAAAACCAGUGGAUUAUUCAGCCCAGCUGUGGUUUGCAGGGCCAAUGGAGAGGCAGGAGGCGACGGUAAAGCUGAUGGACAGAGAGAACAGCACCUACCUGAUCAGACACCGGACCAGAGAGUCUAACGAGUAUGCCAUCAGUAUCAAGUUCAACGACGAAGUCAAACACAUCAAGAUCCUGACAAAGAAUGAAUGCUUUUACAUCGCAGAGACCAGGCUGUUUAGGACUGUGUUGGACCUGGUCGACUACUACAAGCAGCAUUCUCUGAGAGAGGGCUUCAAGAGUCUGGACACAACUCUGCAGGUACCAUUCAGGGAGCCAAGCAACGGGAACAACAUGCCCCAAGGCAUCCGGCACACUGGCACUGUGUUCUCUCCCAGGGUGGUGGGCAUCGCGUUGGCACGCUACGACUUCAGCUCCAGAGACACCAGAGAGCUGUCUCUACAAGAGGGAGACGUCGUCAAGAUCUACACCAAGAUGGCUAACGGCUGGUGGAAGGGAGAGGUCAACGGCAAGGUGGGCUGGUUCCCCUCUACCUAUGUGGAAGAGGAAGACUGAGCUGGUUGGUUAAACCUCAGAUCUCAGGUGACACGGCUAUAGCCCACACUGCACUACGGCUCCAGACAUCCUCCAGGUUGUAGAGCCACAGCAUCCUGGCAUUCUGAUAGAACUCAGACAAGACAAAAGCCCCAAGCCAGACAGAUGGAAGUAGGAAAUGCCCUCUGUCCUCAUCAUCCAUCCUCACCCUACCUAUCCUCAACACACCCAUCCUCCUCAACACACCCCUCCUCACCUCUCCCAUCCUCACCCCACCUAACCUCAGCCCUCCCCUCCCAUCCUCACCCCUCCUCAUCCUUCCUAACCCCUCUCCACCUCAUCCCCACCUCACCUAUCUUCACCCCUCCCCACCUUAUCCCCUCCCCACCCCACCCACCCAUCCUCACCCCUCCCCACCUUAUCCCCACCUCAUCCCCUCCACCCCGCCCUACCUCAUCCCCUCCACCCCGCCCUACCUCAUCCCCUCCUCACCCCUCAUCCAUCCUCACCCCUCCCCACCCCUCCCCACCUCAUCCCCUCCUCACCCAUCCUAUCCUCACCCCUCCCCACCUCAUCCCCUCCACCCUCCCUACCUCACCCCUCCUCAUCCCUCCCCACCUCACCCCUCCUCACCCCACCUCACAACUUCCCACCUCAUCCCUCCUUAUGACCUGCACUGUUUUAUUCUGACUGCACUAUAGACUCCAGACUUAAAGUAGAGACACUCCCUCCCUGGUUGAGAGUCAAACUUGAUGAAGCUGGUCUUCUCUUACCUUGUGUUGUUAUUGAUAACGUCACUGGUUAGUCUGACAGAUUAGUCAAUUAUUAAACACUCUUGGCACGAAAGCAAGAGAUUUUUCUGCUUUUCUACACCCACAGUGUUUGAAGACUUGUUUGUUGUGCUAAAAUGAUUCCAUUAUGUGACCGCUAUGCUCCCCUUAUAUACAGUGAGCUCCAAAAGUAUUGGGGCAGUGAUAUUUGCAUCUGCAUCGCUUGCUGUUUGGGGUUUUAGGCUGGGUUUCUGUACAGCACUUUGUGACGUCGGCUGUAUAAAUACAUUUGAUUGGUCGAUUGAUUUGUUGUUGUUGUUGUUGUUGUUGUUGUUGUUUUGGCUCUGUACUUUAACACUUUGGAUGUUAAAUGAAACCAUGACUGAGGUUCGGCUAUAGAGUGUUUAACCCCAUUGUAUUUGUUUUCAAAUCCAAAGUCUGCAAUUUAACCCCAUUGUAUUUGUUUUCAAAUCCAAAGUCUGCAAUUUAACCCCAUUGUAUUUGUUUUCAAAUCCAAAGUGCUGGAGAACAGAGUAAAAACAACAAAAACUGUGUUACUGUCCCAAUACUUUUGGAGAUCACUGUAUGACAUUACCUGUUUCCUGUAUAACAGCCCCCCUGAAAAAAAAUGUAAAAUAGGUUUUAAAUUGUUGGACACAGAAAAAAUAUAUAUAAAACCACCAGCAAAUCAGAUCCAAAUUAUGUUAUUUUAGAAAAUCUAUUCCACAGUAUUCCCCAUGCAUAAUCAAGAGAAAUAUGUGAUCGUAUAUGCUGUUCCACUGGAUGUCAUAAGGUGAAUUCACUAAUUUGUAAGUCGCUCUGGAUAAGAGCGUCUGCCAAAUGACUUAAAUGUAAAUGUAAAUGUAAAUGUAUAUACAAAUGUAGAAGUGAUAGUGUUUGUCAAAUAUGGUAUCUGUUUGUGGCUUCUUGCAGUCACUUUGUAGUCUACAAAUGAUUUGUAAUGAUGUUCCCGGGCCCCCACCAUCCCUUCAGAAUCCAUUGGCUGAUCUCUGCUAUAUAAGAACAAUGACUGAUAUUGUUAUUGAUUCCUGUUGAAUGUGACAGUCAUCCCUCUAUACUGUUACCCAUUGUUCACCUGUGUUUUUUCUCAUCAGGAGAUUUGUUUAAAUAGCAAUUCAGUAGUGAGCCAGAAAAAAACAAAGCAUAUUUAGCCUCCAGAGUAUGGCCAAGUAUUAUCUCCUGUACAUCAUUUUGAUGGAUAGCCAUGUAAACUUUGCCGGACAGAGUUUGACGUCGACGUAAAAUCAUUACAGAGUCGAACUGAGAGACGGUUUCUUAAUUUGGCUUAUUCGAGACAAUCCGAUUUUGUUCAGUUUGAGUAAAAAGACCACUUGAUGCUUAAAGCAAAUACAUAUUUUACGGUGUUAAAAAUCACUUCCUUGUUGAAUGCUGAUCUCAUCCUCUAUGUUGAAUUAUAUUUUCUGAAAUGUGUAGUUGCAGUUCCUGUUUUUAUUUUUUAUUAACAUUUAUUAAAUCGUUUGUAUUACUA